GGCGUCAUCAGAGCGCGACUCUUCUCAGCGCUGUUUGUUUCUACGCAGUUUCAACGUUGUGCGGAUUUAAUGGAAAUUUCCACUACUUCUGACUUAUCAAAAACACUUAUUCAAAUUAAUUGUAUCUUAUAUAUCGCUCUCUACACGGGAUCCGUGCACUCCGAGGAGAAAAGAGAAUCAGUUUCGUAUCUGCGUUCGUACAGCCACACUUUGAGUGUGUAAUUCUGCUCUUCAGCAGUGACUCAUUACAGAGGUGUAUAUAUCGUCAGAAACAAUCACUAAGCUAUCUAUGAUGGAGUAUCACAGCGUGGGGCCCGGAGGUGUGAUGGUCUCGGGUAAUAAUGUACCUGCGUUUCUGACCAAACUCUGGACGCUGGUGGAGGAUCCGGACACAGACCCGUUGAUCUGCUGGAGUCCUAGCGGCAACAGCUUCCAUGUGUUUGACCAGGGCAGGUUUUCCAAAGAGGUUCUGCCGAAAUAUUUUAAGCACAAUAACAUGGCCAGUUUUGUUCGCCAGCUUAAUAUGUAUGGUUUUCGGAAAGUUGUCCACAUCGAGCAGGGUGGGCUGGUAAAACCAGAGAAAGACGACACAGAAUUCCAGCAUCCAUAUUUCAUCCGCGGACAGGAGCAUCUGCUGGAGAAUAUCAAGAGGAAAGUCACAACGGUAGGUAGAAACUCAUCUUCCCAUCUUUCUGUCUCUCUCUCCCGUAGUGAGAAUGAGGGUCUCUGGAGGGAAGUUGCCACUUUGAGACAGAAACAUGCUCAACAGCAGAAAGUCGUCAAUAAGCUCAUUCAGUUCCUGAUCACACUGGCACGGUCCAACAGAGUCCUGGGAGUGAAACGAAAGAUGCCCCUGAUGUUGAAUGAUGGCAGCUCCACACACUCCAUGCCCAAAUACUCUCGGCAGUACUCGCUCGAGUCUUCUCCGUCUCUCUCUCCCUCCUCUACAGCUUUCACAGGAACGGGUGUCUUCACUUCUGAAUCGCCUGUCAAGACGGGGCCAAUCAUCUCUGAUAUAACUGAACUGGCGCAGUCCAAUCCUGUGGCCACAGAGGAGUGGAUUGAAGACAGAACAAGCCCACUGGUCCAUGUCAAGGAGGAGCCCUCUAGCCCCGCCCACAGUCCUGAGGUGGAGGAGGUGUGUCCUGUUGAAGUGGAAGUGGGGGUGGGAUCAGGUGUACCUGUGGACAUGCCCCUUUCCCCUAUAACCUUCAUCAACUCCAUCCUCCAAGAGAGCGAGCCUGUCACCGGCCUGACCCCGCCUCCCAAUGACCAGAAGUGUCUGAGCUUGGCCUGCUUGGACAAGGCAGAACUAAGUGAUCAUCUAGAGACCAUUGACUCUGGGUUAGACAACCUUCAGCAUAUCCUCAAUGCUCAGUCCAUUAACUUCGACGCCUCGCCUUUCUUUGAUAUUUUCACAUCGUCUUCUAUUGAUAUGGAUCUGGACAGCCUGGCUAGUAUCCAGGACCUUCUGUCACCUGAACCUGUGAAAGAAACUGAAUCUGGUGACUCUGAAGAUUCAGGCAAGCAGCUGGUCCAGUACACGUCUCAGCCCGUGAUUCUUCCCGACCCCGUCAGCACUGAAACCAGUGCCACCGACCUGCCCAUGCUUCUGGAGCUGGAGGGCGACUCGUAUUUCGGGUCAGAACCAGCUGAAGACCUGACCAUCUCCUUUUUUAACUUCCAGUCCCCCGCCCCUGAAGACCCCAAACUAUCGUAGAGAGAGCAGAUUUUCUAAAGGGAUUUAUAUCUGUGUGGGUUUUUAAAAAUGUUUUUUUGGUCAUUUCACACAUCAGGGCUAGCCAUUAGAUUAUUACUCUGGUAUUUCCCUUCACAAUGAGUCUGGGAAAAAUCUCUAAAAAGCAGUAGAGAGAAUUCAGUAUUCCUUCAAAUCCCUCCGUCAUGGAGUUGAAACAUCAAAAUUAGCUUUUAUUUGUUGGCUCAGUAGUUUCCUUGUUGUUCUGGCAGUGAGAAAACCUCAAACUAAAUGUGUAAUGCUACAGAUGUAAAUCUAAAUUUUGCGCCCACGCUUUGUGUGCUUACCAUUUAUUUAUCUUGAUUGGUUUUGCACCAAUACUUUGAGAUCUAUGCUAAGCGAUUGUCUUGCAGUCUGUCACCACUGCAAAACCUCAAGCAUUUUCCUGCUCUUCUGGUUGUCAUUAUUUAUCUAAUUAUGUUGCGAUUAACCCCAGAUUGUUGUAUUCGACACCCAGGUCUCAUAAGUAUUCCAAGUAGUCAUCUUCCAGAAGAUUUUCUUUGCAGUAUAAAUUGGAAUGAUGGUUGAAUAUCUCAUUGAUAUUGAAGUUAAAGCAAAAACAAAAACAUAACGUGCACCUUUUAUAGCCAGAAAAUGCAGUUGGUUUAAUCGGACAAACAUGAAACAAGCAUCAAAAAUCAAUGUUGUGUAAACUUGUCCAGCAUCCCACUAACUGUCUUCAAAACCAUAGCUGUUACUCAUCAUAUAAUGUCUGAUUUUGGUUAGUGAUGAUGGGUAUGGGUUAAAGGUGCAUAUUUAGAAAUUAAUGAAAUCUUUUGUAAAAAAAAUAAGUAAUCUUUUGCCGUUGAAACAAGCAGGACAGCCUAUGAUGCUGUAUAUAGGAUAUAUGUUUAAAUAUAUAAAUAGUUGAGAGUCUGUGCAUUUGUUUUGAUGAAACAAAUUCAUUUCAGACUUUGAAAACACAUUCAACAGGGAUGAAUUACACAAUAGGUGUAUGAUCUGAUCUGAUUUGAAGAAUUUGUGCAAUAAUUCAACUCUUAACCAGCUUUGACAGCAACACACUGCUUUGUUAAUCUCUUUAGUUUUUUUUCCCUUUGUUUUUGUUUGUUUAGCAAAAGGAACUAGAAAAUAUAAUAGGCGGAUCUUAUUAAGACCUUGUCUGGGCAUAUUUCACCUUAAAAUCUAAAGGAAAAAAAUUAUUUAAAAAAGAAAAUAAAGCCAAUUUUUGGGCAAUUGUGGAUGAUUUUU